AAAUAUUCGAAUUGCAAUUUCACUAUUGCAUUAAAUCUGUGAUAUUUAUAUGGUGGGUAUGAUACCCACGACGAACUUAUCCAAAUUUUAAAAAUUCAAAAUAAAAGUUUUCUUAUCCUACCACCCCUAUCAGUAAAAUAUCAGGGGAAUAAAAAUAUUUCUGACUUGAUGUCUCAUUGACGUAAACGGUGAGCUAUCAGCUAUCUCAUUCUUAUAUUUGUUAUUUACACAGAAGGAAUAAGUACCUAAAAUAAAUCAACAAAGAGUAAAUCAAAGUAAUAAUUGAUAUCAAGCGGCAAUCCAUAAAUUUACCAGGUAUUUGUAAAUUAUAUGUGAAUUUAUUCAAGUGAUUCUAGAAAUAAAGAAAUAUGUUGUUGUGUGACACAUGAAAUAACAUCAGUUUGUAAUGCAUUUUUGUCGGAAAAUGGCUGCCCUUGUUGUACAAUCUCGUUUUGCCGGUCUCAAAAUAGAAGAUGACGAUCAUCCAGCUAUCGAUGAUCAUAAAUCGAAGAAAAAUAAAACAAAUUCAGUUAAGAAAUUAGAGCCUCCAAAGAAACCAAAAACCAUUAAUACAAAAUCACAGGCAGUUACGAAGAAGCGUAAGCACAAGCUGGUUGAAGCUACAACUGAGCAAUGGGAAAUGUGGAAGCAAAAGGACGAAGAAAUUGUUGAUGGAAACUAUGAAAAUCAACUUCAAGAGGCAAUUCUUCUUUCUAAACUUGAUUAUGAAGAGAAGAAGGAUGUGUAUAAGCAAUUUAAAAAAGAAGCAGAUCAGGUAAAGAAAUUGGAAGAUCCUUCACGAACAGGAAACAAGAAACAAAAAAAGAAAAAUGUCAUGAGCCUGGAGCAGUUUAAUGAGAUGUUGUCAAAUAAUGACGAACCAAACGUCAUAAAUGUAACAUCAAAAAGUCCAACUGAAGAACAGAAACCACAUGAUAAAGAUACGAAAUUUUUUGAUAGAGUACAAGAUGAAGCAAAGAAUGAGAUAUUGAAAGAAAAAAUCAUAGCAAGGGUACGACACCAAACAGUCCCUGAUGAAGUCAUCACACGGAUACAGUUUGCAGAAGCUCUAGAGCGGAAAGAUAAAGAAAUAUCAGCCUUAAUGCAAGAAGUUAAGAGUUUGAAAGAGGAACUAUUAACAGUAAAGUCUCGGAAUAAAAAGUUAUGUAAUAUACUUGGUCAGGGUGAAAUGAAAGACAAGGCUGAGGUAUUGGUUGAGGUAGAGAGACUUAGAGCUGUCCAGGCAGAAUUAACGGCAGAGCUUGCUUCUUUACAUACUGACCUAGAAAAAGAACGGUCUAAGCAUGCAGAUCCGAGAGCUAAAGACAAGAAGAAAAGAGGGGCUACUGCAGAUAAGGACAAAUAGCGUUCAAAGUUGUUUGGUCCAUUUUAAGCCUAGAUGUUACUUGGUACUAUAUAUUUGUCUCUAAGUGUCCAUAUUUUAUUUAAAUGGUCAAUUUUAUAUUAAAAUAUACGUAGAUGUUUCAUUUAUCUAUAACUGGAAAAUGAGUUCUGUGACGAUAGUUAUUAGGUCAAUAUUAAGUUGUAAUUUGUUGUAUAUUGUAUCCUUAAAUAAUAUUUGAUUUACAUUUGGUAUCCAACUGUAACAUCUUGAUGGAAUGUUAAACAUGACCAAGAUAUUGAAAUUUAUACGUUGACCAACAAUCGUUUUCUUAACACUAAUGUUAAGAAGUAAAGAUGAAUAGAUAUAUUUCAUAAGAAAUCUGUACCUCCUGUGACAAGUGAUCGUCAUCUCUCUGCCCUUAUCCCACUUAUACACACGUAGGGUCGGCACAACAUGUUUUUCUCUUCCAUUCCUCUAUUAUUCGUCACUUCAGCUCUUACUUCUUUCUUUAUGACAAGUGAUACACGCCCUAAUCUUCAUUUUACAGGAGAGCAAAAACAAGAUUUGAAUUGUUUAAGUAGGCUAGGUUCAACUGGAGUAUCUAAAUUUGAAAAGUAAAACAUUCUCUUGCAAUAUACAUUUAAGUUUUUUUUUUUUGAUAAAUAUUUAAUUUGAAAAGUAAUUUACGAAAAACUUGCUUUGUAUCGCUUUUUACAAUAAUUAAGUGCUAAAAUUAUGUCAUAAUUAAUGAUACUUGUACAAUUAAAUUACUUUACACGUA